AUGGCGGAGGAGGAGAAACCGAGGACCAGCAGGUUCAAGAUCGACAGUCCGUCUAGCCGUGUGAAAGUCGAAGACGAUGAAGACAAGAACAAGAAAGGAACGUCCAUGAGGAAGUCGUGGUCCACUGACUCGCUUGGUCUGCUCAACAACAGCAAAUGGUUGGGGAAGACCUGUGUUUGUGCUCCAACAAAGCAUGAAGGCUCAUUCCGUUGCAGGCUUCACCGUUCAUCAACCACGAGCCAUGGUGCAGCAGCUACUACGCAACUUCAUCUUCCAAAGCCCUCUUUGUUCUCGCCGUCUCGAUGA